AUGUCCAUGGAGACGCCUGCCAAGAGGCAAUGCACUGACAAUACGUCUGCCAACUCAUCCAGCAGAUCAAUACGAAAGACUCUCUCGGUAGAGCAGCAACGGUCCAUUCGUCAUGCACAGUGCCUUGAAAAUGGCCUCGGUGCCAUCCAAAGGCUCGAGCGCUUGAGGUCUGGCAAAGCCGAUCUCGCCAAGAUUGCCUGGUCGCCUCAAAACGUUCUUGCAAUCGCCUCUGCCCACCGAUCAUCUUCGGCAUCACCGAAUGGACACGUCGUCGUGCAGUAUCCGCUCGCCUCAUCGUCCAAGCCACCUUUGAAAUCCAGCUAUUUGUAUCCGGACCAAGACGGCUUCUCAUCCAGCUCCACCGCUGCCUUCUCGCAUCAGCGCAGUACUGUAACAACAGCCACUACUGCUGCUGCUGCUUCCACCACUUCCUCGCAGUCUACACGCUUUGACGACCCGACCAACAUCUCAUUCAGUCCUUGCGGCUACUAUCUGUGCGCCUUCUUCCCAGUUCCGCAUGAUGCCGCAACUACAAACGCCAAGAAUAACGCCUUCGAUCCCACGCCUUCGAACGUAUCGCUCAUGACGAAUGGUCUUGCUACGCGAACGCUCCCAACCAGCAGUGCACCAACGAUUACGCAGCUAAGCGCUAACCUGCCGGCUCUAGAUCAGUCUCUUCCUGCCUCACACCACAUCGCCGCUACCGAUGUACCUCCCGCUCCGUCAGUCGGGCCACGAGCCAGACUUUGCAUCUGGUCACGCGCCGAGACGGGAGCCCUCAACGACUGGAAGCUAGUCCAAACGAUCAUUUGCGAACCCGCUUGCAGCCAAAGUCAUGCAAUUUCUUCCACCAAAACAGAAAAUGUGCUCAAAGUCAACGAAAAGGGCCAGUCUAUUCCCACUCAAGGGCUUCGUGCAUCGCCUUCCGACGCUGAUUCUGGCAAUGGCACUGGCACCCUGCUAGGCGGCGUCAAGCACGUCGUCUGGCUCAAUCGUCACCGUCGCAUCGUCCUCAACGAUCAGUCCACCUCCCCGAGUCACUACGGCGCCAGCUCCUUCAGCAGACUCGCAUCGCGUGGUCCUAGCUUUAUCCCCACUUCAACAGCAUAUACCGACAACUCUGGACCCGACCAGGACCUUGCACUCGUAGUAUUUGGACACCAUGGUCAGGUUACCUUGCUCUCGUCUUGCAAAGCUGACCGCUCAGCGGCAGUCAACCUAUCCACCAGCUCGCCAGUAGACGCCGCUUCUCCCACCAACGUUUGCCAAGCUUUCUUCAGCGUCAUGCUCCAGUCUUCGCUCUACACGCCGAGUGUGCGACCAUCACCCGUCACACUUGAUUCCGCCCAAGGUGUUGGCGAGAAGCCAGCCGAGAUCGUCGCUCCCUACCUCUCUCCCUUCUCCGCAACCCGAGCCGUAGACGACUACACCUCUGAUUACGCGCAAGAGCGCGAAUCGGGCAAUUUCCUCACCCACCUUGCUGUCGGUAUGCCCGCCAACGACUCUGUCCUUCUCGUUGCAUCCAAGCGCCGUUCGAGCAGCGCUGGGCUCAUCCAUAUCACCGAGAUCACAGUGGAUCUGCAUGCAGAGUCGAUCACAAUGAUCACGCGUCCUCUACCACCUGUGUCCCUGUCACCUGCCGAUUACGCUCCCAUGAGCCACUGCGCGGAGGAUGGUACAGCUUUUGGCGACAACUCAAUUUCACGCAUUGACCUCGACGACAUUUCCAUCUUGACAUGGGCAGAGAUCGACAGUCUAGGCUCGAAUCAAGACGAGGACGCUGGCAAAUCAGGCUGUUUGCGCCUUGUUGCAUGCACAUCACAUUUUGAAGCAUCCGGUUCCGACGAUUCGGCAGAUCAUGCCAGCACUGCAUCAAAGAUGCACAGCACCAUUGCCGUUUGGGACCUAAUUAAGGCCGAAAACGAGCUGAGCGACGCCUUUGGCUCGCUCGAGUGCAGAAAGACGGGGCAUCAUCCAAAGUGGCUUGAGUGGCAGCUACGCUUUACGCAUUUCAAAGUGUUGACGGAUCGGCUCGUCACCUCGAUAGUCGCUGAUGCUUCCGGCUUGGCCGUAGCUGAUCUUGCGCUUCUCACAGCAUUGACUCGAGUGGACGGAGGAUCUGGGCUGCUCUCCGAGCAAGUCGGCUUCUUUGAUCUCAAAACCGUCGAUUUGGUCCAAGGUGACUUGUCAGCAGUCCCAGCACAAGCGCUCGAGCGCUGCUCCAAUCCCGUCAUCUCGAGCAACGGCACUCUCUUCGCAACCCUCGCUAGCAUUCAUGGUGGCUCUUCGGACAAGGGUGUCGUCAUGACCAAGCUUCCACUGCUCCCAUGCAGGCCCAGUGCACAGCAUGGCAACCGCACCGCAGAGCAGGUCAAGACAGCUGAGGAGGAGAGUCAUCUACAAAUGUCGCAGUUGCUCGCUCUGUCAUGCUUGCGAAAGACAGAUGCAAGCGACAUUGGCCGAGCGUUUGCCGCAUCAGCUGACCGAGAGAAUGCAGGCAAGCUGCUUGUGCAAGUUGGAGAUCUGCUCAAAAUCACCGAGUCCAAGAGGCAGGAUGUGCUCGUCAAGAUCGAAGGCGCCACGCAAAAGGGACCUAGCCACGACUCGAAUUCGAUCCCGUUCCAUCAGGCGCUCCGUCUGCUGCGAAUUCGUAUGGUCAUGGACAACAGUUCGCUAAUCCCCAAGCCCGCUGCGCGCAUCGAGCGACUCGUGCUCGAACUUGGUCUCUGCUACCAAAUCUUGCGUCUUGCCCGUGUCAAAACCGAGUUCACUAUGGCCCCGUCACCGCCAGCACCAGAGGGCGGCAAGAAGAAGGGAGGUUCUGCUGUCAAAGCCGCUGCCGCUGCCGCAGCUGCUGCAGGCGAAACUCGCGACCGUGUCUACUAUCGUCUGGAGAGCGUCUGGCCUUUGCUGGCACAGCUCCAAUGGUUCUUGGCGCUUUUGGAUGGAAUUAGCAAGCUCGCAUUGGCCACCACGGCAGGGAACAACACUUCAAAAACAAGCUCGGAUGCAAAUGCUGUCCACGCCAAAACUUCAUCAACGACGCUGGAUGAGAACAGCUUGGAAGCCGACUUUGUGCGCAUGCUUAACAAACCCACGCUUCGUCGACUUGUGCUGCAGAUUGUAGCACAUUUCUGCGACUUUGAGCAGUGGAUCAAGAGCACCACCAAGAAGAGCAAUCUUCCGCCUGCCACGGGCGCGGUUCCUGGCGACGAAACGGGCGGAGGCUUCUCCGCUUCGCCUGAAGCCAGCACAGAGGCGCGCGUGCUGGCCGUCAGCGAACAGAUGGCGCUAGCUCGGGAUGCCCUGCACUCUGUGGUGGGCGAUGCAUCCAUUGAGCUUGCUGAGUUUGCACAAUUGCUCGUCAAGAUCGAGGCGGACUGGAACGUCGGUGGCACAGGCGGCGCUGCGUCGGGCGCAAACCAGAGCCGAGAGACAGAUCGCUUCUGGUGGGCCACGCUCGACGGCAGUAAAGUGGACCAGCUUGAUGGUGCGAGCGCUGUGAAAUUGGAGCAGGACCCAAACACUGGUCUGCAGGCAAAGUUACUCAGCUCGUUGGUGGAUCCGCAAUCAGGAGCUUUGGUCGACGUGCUGACGCUGUUUAUAUCGCCCUCGGAUAUUUCAGAUGAACACAACGUGCUGUACGACAAGGGUGCGCUGGAUGAUGGUGUUGGUGAUCAAGUGGGCACACGUUCGACGUUGAUAGACGCACUUUCUUCUCUAUCUGCCAAGCGUAGUGAUGUCGACGAGCGUCGCGAUGUCGUACGCAAAGUGUUGCUGCAGCACGCGGUAACGCAGGCUAGCCUCGUCAACGACGCAGCUACAUUACUGAAGACGCGUCCGACCACGGUCGUUGGCGCAUCGGCAGCGCAGCGCUCACAAUCGGCUUUGCCAUCCAGCGCGGCAGCCAACGAGCCUGCUCAAGCAGAGAGCAACCUGAUCCGUCUCUCCGCCAUGCGCGCCAAGCGAUGCGUCCGAUGCCACGCGCUCUCACAAGACCCUAUCAUCGCAACGUACUCUUUGGCUCCACCACCCACUUCGUCCACCAACCCAGCAGCUAUCAUGGUCGAUCCUAAUCUUGCUCCGCAAGUACAGAUGCAGUUACAAAUGCAAAUGCAAAUGCACAUGAUGCACAUGCAGCUUCAGAUGCAACACCAACAGCAACCAUCACAACCAGGCAUCGUAUUGCCACCCAUGCAGCCAAUCCCCACGUUCCUGCCGCUCAUUCAACCACCCCCAAAACUAGUCAGCAUCGAUAUGCCCGCACGCGCUUCCUCACUCAUGGAUCGGUUCAGAUUCACUUGUCUUUGCGGAGGCUCUUGGUGGGUCUUGUAG